CCAAAAGUGCAGUCGCAGCUGGAGCGCGCGCGAGGAUGUCUAUUGUGUUUGCUGCGCGGCAAAUGACGUGUCUCGUCACGAAUCCAACGGACGGCUGUUAACGCGUUAAAUCGCUGACGUGAACGAAUUCUCCGGCGUUUCGCUGACGAACGCUUCGGGGGUUUUUCGACAACUUUCACGCGCGGCGGCGACUCGCGCGACCAAGACCAAGUCGCUCCUCGGCAUCGCUCGGGACGAAGGACUUUCAGAGUCCGUGCAAAUCUUGCCGAAUUCACAGUUUCUCCUUCGGACAAGGGUUCGUCGACCCCGGGUCACGUCAGCUUCCGCGUUCGGCGUUAACUUUGAACCUAAGAAAUCAUCGGCGGGAACGAUGUCGGGCACACAAACCACCAUUCCUUUCCCCGUGCGGAAGAAGUGCAGCUUUUACGGCCGUAAGGAGGAAGCAAAGGAGGAUUUCACCAACGCGACAGUGAAGGACACGCCGUCGAGGUACGUGCCGGCCGUCAAGAAGAUCGUCACUUUGACCAGCAGCGAGUCCGAGUCCGAUUCCGAUAUUGAGAACACGACGGAGAAGCUGAAGCCAGUGAGGGACAGGAGGACCGAGAACGCGGGUUGCACGCCACGGCGACGAAAGUGCGAGCUGAAUGACAGGAGGACCGAGAAUGCGGGCAACACGCCGAGGCGACGAAAGUGCAACGAACCGGAUGAACACACUCCUAGUCCAUCCAAACAGAGAAGGGACAAGCCGCAUCUGCAGUCUCCCUUGACACCGUCCACUCUCCAAUCGUUGCACAGUUCCAUGACGGAAAAUUUACCUGGAAGGGAGAAGGAAUUGGCCAAGCUGCAGAAAUAUCUUGUCGAACAUCUGGACGAGGGAACGUCAGGCUCCCUGUACAUCUCUGGUCCCCCGGGUACCGGCAAAACCGCGUGUUUGUUCAAAAUUAUGCAACAGCCGAAUGUAAGGUCGAAAUUCAAGGUGGUCUAUGUCAAUUGCACCAGCAUGAAGUCCGCGGCUGCUAUCUACGCUAAGAUAAUCCAGGAGCUGUCCAUUCCCAACGCAAUGAAGUCAAGAAAGAACAGCAAAACUGUUAUAGAGAACUACUUAAUGUCCAGACACAAGACGCUGCUCCUAGUACUGGACGAGAUAGAUCAGCUGGAGAGCAGGAAGCAGUCCGUGCUGUAUUCGAUAUUCGAGUGGCCUUCCAUACCGGACUCCAAGCUGAUCCUCAUCGGGAUUGCCAACGCCCUCGACCUGACUGACAGAAUAUUGCCUAGACUGCAGGCCAGGUGUGAACUGAAACCGGAGCUGAUGCAGUUUGCACCGUACGACAAGCGACAGAUAUCCGGCAUAAUAUUUGCAAGACUGAACGAGGCGAAUGCGGCUAACGUCUUCACUCCGUCCGCAAUAGAGUUGCUUGCGGGUAAGGUAGCUGCGAUUUCCGGAGAUAUCAGGAGGGCCUUGGACAUCAGCAGGAGGGUGAUAGAACAGGCCGAAUCGCAUCAAGCGGCGCAGGUGCUGCGUCCGACAAAUGAUAACGAUACAAAUACAAAUAUAGAGACCUUAAAGAAGGAAACGAUAGAGAAGUCCGUUGACUUGAAGGAAGUGGUUACCGUGUUAAAUGGAGUUUACGGUGGGACACAGAAUCUCAAUAAAGAGCAGGAUACGUUUCCUCUUCAACAAAAACUGCUAGUUUGCUCUCUAUUGCUUAUCCUCAAUAAAGGAAAGAACAAGGACAUCACUGUCGGAAGGUUGUACGAGGUGUACAGAACGGUUUGCAAGAAGCGCAACAUAUCCGCCGUCGACAAUUCCGACUUCGUCAACAUGUGCUCGUUGGUAGAGGCCAGGGGUAUCCUACGAGUCGUGGGCAGGAAGGAGGCGCGUUUGUGCAAAGUGAACUUGCAGUGGGAUCAGAAGGAGUUGGGCGAGGCUUUGCAGGACAAGCAGAUGAUGGCUGAUAUAAUUGACGACACAAGUUGUUUAUAGAACAUUUAGGGAAAUUUUAAGUAUCGUUUUGUUACGCGUAAUUUAUUUUAUAGUUCUUUUCAUAUUUCGUGUAUAUAACGCGAGUACCUUGAUUGUUACCGACCGUUACAUCGUUCUUAUCUACACAUCACUUUUAUGUAUUUUAACGUUAGCAUGAAAGUUUGGGUGCCGCCGUUGCAUCGCAUGAGACUGAUUGUAUUUACUGCCUACUGCAUUCAAUCUUGAAAUUGCGCAGAAUGUACUGAGAGCGUUUGAUACUAUCGUAAAGAGAUGUAUGUAUUUUUGAUAAUUGCAAAUAAAAUUUAUGUCAAAGUA